GGAAAAAUAAGGUUGUAUUAUGGCGGCAAAAUAUUUUUCUGUCUUAUUGUGUCGUGACGCGUUGAGAGGUAUCGGUUUUAAGCAAUACAGUAUGAAUUAUAUUUGUAUGCCGCGCUUCUCUACCGCGUUAUUACGCGUUUUAUAUAUAUUCAUGACCACGGCAUACAAAUAUAUUUCCGGCUUAAUCAAUACGCUAGACUGUGUUGCUAGUAAUAAAAUAUUAAAAAGAUGGCGGUUGCCGGAAGUCUGUUUUCUGUCUUUUGAUAAUUUGACACACGUGCCGCGUGGAGUAUUCCCCCGCAGCACAAUGGUUGCAACUACAGAGAAGAAGGCUCCGGCCGAGAAGAAACCAGUGAAAGGCAAGGAGGACAGCAAGAAGCUGCCUGCUGUGCCUGAGUCAGUGCUCAAGCACCGCAAGAGGAGGGAUGCGCUGCGUACACGCCGUCUGCAGGUCACACUAAAGAGGCGUUCAGCGGCAAUUAAAAAGAAGAAAGAAAUCUUUAAGAGGGCUGAACAGUAUGUUAAGGAAUACCGCAUCAAAGAGCGAGAUGAAAUCAGGCUAGCUAGACAGGCACGCAAUCGUGGUAACUACUAUGUUCCUGGUGAAGCUAAAUUGGCUUUCGUUAUCCGUAUUCGUGGUAUCAACCAAGUGUCACCUAAGGUCCGCAAAGUGCUACAAUUGUUCAGACUGCGCCAGAUCAACAAUGGCGUUUUCAUUCGCCUCAAUAAGGCUACCGUCAACAUGCUGCGUAUUGCUGAGCCAUACAUUACCUGGGGAUACCCCAACCUGAAGAGUGUGCGGGAGUUGGUGUACAAACGAGGUUUCGCCAAGGUGAAGGGCCAGCGAAUGCCCAUCUCAUCCAACACAAUCAUUGAGGAGAAGCUCGGCAAGAACAACAUUAUCUGUGUUGAAGACCUCAUCCACGAGAUCUUCACCGUUGGUGAGAAAUUCAAGUACGCGAGCAACUUCCUAUGGCCCUUCAAGCUCAACAACCCGACUGGGGGCUGGCGCAAGAAGACCAUCCAUUACGUGGACGGCGGUGACUUCGGCAACCGCGAGGACAAGAUCAAUGAGCUCCUCAGAAGAAUGGUCUAAUAAUAAAUAGAUAUAAUUAAA